AUGGUAACGUGCCAGGCGGGCCAAACAAAAGAGCCCGGUGGGCCGUAUAAAUUUUCUAGUACUUUACCAAAACGUGAAAAUAACCGAAAGGUGGAGGAUGAACACCUGAAUGGCAUACAGGCAGAGGACCAAGAUGACGAUGGAAGCGAUUACGUUGGUGCAGUAAAUAAUGAAGAUGUACCAUCCCCAACGAUAGGUGAAGUUAGGAAUACCAUCAAACAGCUUAAGAACAACAAAUCAACUGGCAAAGAUGGCAUCAGAGCGAUACUUAUCAAGAUGGGCUCGGAAAAGUUGGUUAGUUAUCUGCAUCGUCUGAUUGUCAGAAUUUGGGAAACAGAACAGCAACCGCAGGAGUGGAAAGAUGGGGUUAUUUGCCCUAUCUUCUAG